GCAAACUUUCAGUCGCUGUAACGGAAGCAGGAACUUGCUAACCACAAACCAGUCCGGCGGGUGCGGGAGCUGCUGAGCAUCCCUUGCUAUCCUCGCCUAGAACCGAGGGCGGAUUCGCUGGUCCUUCCCGCGAGCGCAACGGAGCUGUCCUCGCACCCGGAGACGCUCUGGGGUCCUCUCGCCACCAGGGAAAAAUUCUAUCAUCUGUGCAAUCUUCUCUAUGCAAACUUACACCAGAGGGAGGAUCAUCCUUGACUUUUGAAGACCAAAGACUAAACAGAAAUUUAAAAUGUUCUUCAGGAAAGAAGGGAGCUUGACUUACACUUUGGUAAUAAUUUGUUUCCUGAUGCUAAGGCUGUCCACCAGUCAGGAGUGCCUCACUGAGAGUCUAGAAGAUGUUAUCAUUGACAUCCAGUCAUCUCUUUCUAAGGGGAUCAGAGGCAAUGAGCCUGUACAUAGAUUAACUCAAGAAGAUUGCAUUAAUUCUUGCUGUUCUACAAAAAACAUCUCAGGGAACAAAGCAUGUAACUUGAUGAUCUUUGACACUCGAAAAACAACUGGACAACCCAACUGCUACCUAUUUUUCUGUCCCAGUGAGGAAGCCUGUCCUCUGAAACCAGCAAAAGGACUUACGAGUUAUAGGAUAAUUAGAGAUUUUCCACCUUCGACCAGAACUGAUUUGCCAAGGCAAGAGUUAGCCCAAGAAGAGUCUCUCCUCCGUGGCCAGUCUUCACAGGCUGUCACUACCCUACCACCUCGUCUGAUUGGUUAUUCAAAGGCCGCUGAUAACUCACAGGGAGAUUUUUCUCAGACAUUUGGAUCCUCAGAUCACUUGGGGAAACUAUCCAAGGCUGACCAGGCAAGUACCCAGGUCCGUGUUUAUAAAGAGGAAGCCCAUUCUCCGAGGUCACAGCUUUCCUCAGAAAAAGAAGUAGUUUUUCUGCUGCUUGAAAAUGUGACUACAUUCCCAACCACAGCAGCUGUUGUUUCUCGACGUACCAUCUCUGCCCCUCCAAAGCCCGCAGUUCUUGUACUUACCAAUGCUUCGGCGAUACCUUCUGGGACUUCUCAGCCACAGCUGGCCACCACAGCUCCACCUGUUACCACUGUCCCCACCCAGCCUCCCACGGCUCUUAUGUCUACAAUAUUUACACCUCCAGCAAUGGCUACAACAACACUUCCAACUACCAUAUUUCAGGCACCUUCAGACUUGCAAGUCACCCCUGAAACUGGACCCUUCAGAGGAAUCUCUGACCAAACUUUGAGCAUAGAGGAUGUGCAUAACCCUGCUACACUUCCUUUCUCAAAUGUUGAGUCUUCCACCGCGAACAAAACUGCUUCCCAGGACAACGGGAAGCCCAGUCCAGGCAGGUCCUCACUCAGUAGCAUGCCCAAAGACCAAUAUGGCCUUCCAUUUGAAAAGUGGCUUCUCAUUGGGACCCUGGUCUUUGGUGUUCUGUUUCUGGUGAUAGGUCUUGUCCUCUUGGGUAGAAUGCUGGCAGAAUCCCUCCGUAGGAAACGUUACUCAAGACUGGACUAUUUGAUCAACGGGAUCUAUGUGGACCUCUAAAGAUGAAACUAAAUGUCUCUCAAUUCAUUUAAUAACUAGAAGCCCGGGUGCAGUGAGUUUCUGUUCACUUAUGGAUCUUCGCAGGAGUUUGCACUUUGAAGACAAAUAUGUCUCCUUCUACUUUCUUUUUUUUUUCCCCUUCUACUUUCUUUGUGUUUGUUUUCUGAGGACAAGGUAAAGGAACCAAAUUAGGUAAUUUAGAUGAUCUGUCUCUAAAAUAUUAGCUGAAAACAAAGCUCUACCUAAAGCAAUAAAGUGUAAUUGCCAUAUAAAUCUGAAAUUUGACUGGCUUUAUGCAAAGAAAAAAGCCUAGGACAUCUAGGUUCCAAUUCAUUAAUAUUUUGGGUUCCAUAUAAAAUCAACUGUUUAUGAUAUUAGUUCUAAUGGAUUCACAUAAAAAGUGUGAAUUCCAAUGAAAUCUAU